AUGUCACACCCUACCAUACCCACACCAGCCUCAUUAGUCAAUAACUUCUGAAGGUGUAAUUUCUCAGCUUCCUAGAAAAACAAUAAAACAAGAAAUCUUUGUGUGAUCCUUGGAAUACCAAAUUACAGAGAAAUUGUUGUUAACUUUCCUUUUUUUCUGGUUACACAGUGUAUAAAUAUUCAUCCUCGGUUAUUUGAAAUAGCACACACUCCAAUCGUCAAACAAAUUAACAAAAUAUUAUUCCUCUUACAUGCUCUAAGAUUUUGGAAGGAAAAUGAUAUCCAUUGGUGUUAUAGGUUUGCUUAUGUUUGCAGACCACAGAAAACUAUUCCAAGUAGUGCCAAAUGAUGUAAAAAAUAUGUGGAACGAGUGGGCCCUACGUGGGCUGAUUAUAAUCAGUCUUGUUUCACAGAUCACCUUAAUUUUACUAGGCAACGUUCGGAAAUACAAUCCAAGAACACGAAUCAGAAUGGCUCUCUGGUUUGCCUACUUAUUGGCAUACGCGGUGGCAGCAGCAGCCCUUGGUGUUAUUACCCGAACAGCCUUAGAUGUAUGCAACACCUACACCUCCCAUUCCCUUUCACAAGUUCACAAACAAAAUACAAGUGAACUCAUGUCGUUUUGGGCACCCUUUCUCCUCCUUCACCUUGGUGGUCCAGAUGCAAUUACCGCCUUUGCGUUAGAAGAUAACGAGCUUUCUUUAAGACAUUUUGUGGAGAUACUCUUUCAAUCCGGAGUAGCUCUUUAUAUCCUUUUGUUAUCCUGGCCUGGCUGUUCAGAUCUCCCACAGUUAAGCAUAUUAGUUUACCUAGCUGGUUUCAUCAAAUGUGCAGAACGUAUUAUGGCUCUACGGUUAGCCAACACUGAGAAUCUCCGCGACUCGAUGCUUGGUCCCCCUGACCCGGGUCCCAAUUAUCCCAAAUUCCUGGAGAGUCUCUACUUGAAAAAGUCACAGGGUUUCAUUGCGAGCGUUGACGACAUCCACGAGUCUCCACUUCCUGCCAAUGAUCAUGCAUAUCCUGUGGGAGGUAAUGUCAUAUCCGAAGCUUACCAACUAUUUCAAACAUUCAAACGGCUUUUUGUCGAUCUCAUCCUCACUUUUGUGGAUAGAGAUGGUAGCCAAUCCUACUUUCGCCAUCUUAACCCCAUUCAAGCCUUUCAUGUUGUCGAGAUUGAACUUGGAUUUGCAUAUGAUAUGCUUUACACCAAGGCUAACGUGGUGUAUACGUUUAGGGGGCUCAUGCUUCGCCUUAUUAGUUCUUUUUUCCUUCUUCUGGUAACUGUGGGAUUCUAUUUUCUCAGUGAUAUGAGCAACUACCACUUCAUUGACAUUGUCAUUACUUACCUAAUAAUUGGUGUUGCCAUUUUACUGGAAAUAGUUGCUGUUAUUACCAUGCUCUGCUCAGACUGGACCGAUCAUUGGUUGAGCCAGCGAAAAAUGACUCGGAAUGCCCUCAUAUUCCCAUUCCUAAAAAACCCGACCAAACUAAGGUGGUCUGGCUCCACUGCACAGUUUGAGCUACUAAGUGUCGCUCUUGAAGAGAAGCCUGCUACCUUCUUGCAAGUUCAGAAAUUCUUUGGGAUAGAUAAUAUUCGAGUACAGCACCGUUACAAGACUUACAGCAAAGUUACAGACAACCUAAAAUAUUUGAUUUAUACUCAGUUUCGUGAGCUCAUGGUUGUCAACUCCGAUCCCAGAGUGUUAUGCACUCACAGAGGUAGUUUUUCUCUAAGACAUACGGAUUGUAAUGCUCUUCGAUGGAGUGUUACUGAAGUCGAAUUCGAUCAGAGCAUUCUUAUAUGGCACAUUGCUACCUCUCUUUGCUACUACGGAGAUCUUGACCUUACCGAUGAAGUCAAUGCUAAUAUCUACCGGACUGAAAGCAAGCACAUAUCUGACUAUCUGCUGUAUCUUCUCAUCUCUUAUCCAGUUAUGCUGCCUGUUGGUAUUGGUAUGAUCCGGUAUCGUGACACUUGCGCUGAAGCCAUGCGGUUCUUCAAAGAAAAAGGGCCAAUUACUGAAAAGGUUGAAGCCUGUGUCAAGCUGCUUGAAGUUGAUUCUCUUGAGGUUUUACCUAGUAAAGUGAAGGGAGAUCGAUGCAAAUCUGCUCUUUUUGAUGGUUGUAGGCUCGCGUUAACUUUGAAAAAGAUGGAAAUGGAACGCAUGUGGACAGUAACAAGUCAAGUAUGGAUUGAGAUUAUGGCUCAUGCUGCUACUCACUGCAGAGGGUUUCACCACGAGCAGCAGCUUCGCAAAGGGGGAGAGUUUUUGACUCAUGUUUGGCUUUUGAUGGCACAUUUGGGCAUUACCGAGCAGUUCCAGGUCUCUCAAGGCCAUGCUAGAGCUAGAGUUAAUGUGCUCUAACGCAGAACUGUGAUUUAGUGAAUCAAAUUCAUUCAUUUUAACUUUAAAUUUUUGCUUAUAAAAGUAUGGUGUUUAGAAAGUUAUAACUUUUUAUUUUAUCAGAAUACUUUCAUAGUUGUACACUUCUAGUUGAUCCAACAGUUAAAUGAAGUUACAUUUAUUAUAUC